AUGCGGACAAGCUCAAGAAAGCGGUUCAGAGGUGUGGGGUUUGAAUUGACUACCCAGAACCUUGAAACAUUUUCUGACCGAGACUCAAGCGAAGGGGCUAAAUCGGUAGACGAACUUAUCCAGCGAAAGCGCUCUGCACCUCCUCCAGAACCGUCCAAUGAGAAUAAGGAUGACAAGCCAGAUGAAACGAAGACGGGCAAAUCGGUCAAGGGGCUAGCUCCUCGCGCUGAUGGAUUACCCUCGCAUGUCAAGAGCUUGGAAAAGAUUGUGGAUGUGGAGCGCCUCAAGCAAGAGUCGUCAGACCAGAUUGCCAACAUUUGGAACGAGUAUCACUCGUCAAGACAAUGCUUGAGUGGUGCUAUGCCGUCAAGCUUCUACCAGAGCCUGCUUGACCAAGCCAAGAAGUUCCCGAUGUUCCUUUUACCCCUUCCACGUAACGAAGGUUACGAGUUCUUUCUUCUUCAGUUUUCCGGUCAUCAAAUCUACUUUACACCUCUAUUAGAAUACAAGACGCACCGAGAAAAUGCUCGACCCCAUCUCGUCCUGACACACUACGUCGAGCUCGCAGAUGAGAAAGACAUUGUCCUCAUGGUUGGUGAGCUUGGCGAUCCCGAUCGCAAAAUCCUCACUUUGCAGGAAGCGCAAAACUUGGUAUACCAGAUGCAAAUCUUUUAUGUGACGGGAUCUCAAGCCAAGAAGGAUUUGGUGGAGACGUUCCAUAAGAAUCCAGCCGGAUUUGAUUAUCAGUCGCUGAUUUCAGCAGUCGAGACUCUCUCAUAGGCAUUU